AUGUCGUCAACCGUGUUAGUGUAUCUGCUGGGAUUUUUAGCCACGUGCUAUCAGUUCAGUACCGUAUGUCAAAAAACAACCCGUGUUCCUGUUCCAGAGUGCGUAGCUGUGGAAGGUGAGCACACUUGCAACUGUGCCAAUGGCUACAUUUGGAGCAGCGAGGUGUGCGACAAGCUCAACUGCUGCAGUGACGCUCCGUGCAAACGCAACGUCUUGGCAAUCGCAUCGGUUUGCAUUGCCAAGGUCCAAGGGUUUUUGAGCAUUUCUCCAUCUUCAAGGCUGUCCAACUGUUCCGUGGACUUUGAGGUGGAUCUUAGCGUCAAAUGUGACCUGGCGAAACUCCGAGGCGUCGUGUCGACUUUGGAAGGCAACCUCGGGGCCGUUUUCAGGAUCAAAUCUGUAGGCAAGUCAAAGUUCUUCUGGGGCGCGGGGGCUUUGCUUCGAGGAGACGCCCGUCAACUCCACUUUCGGGACUUUCCUUCUCUCGUAGGGUUGGUGACCAUCGAGCCGAAGGAAGCUUUCCUACCACACCGGUCUGAGUCGACACUGAAAUGCACUUUUGAGGAGGCGUCGAACAGCUCGGGUUGGAGAAUCAAGCGCAACGAGCCCUUUGAGCUUCACAACGGCAGCGUGGUCAAGCUGCAUUCAAACUGCGCCACGGAAGAACACAAGUCUUGCACUGCCGUCACACUUCGAAGCGUAACAAGUCUCUGGGCAGGCGUGUAUGAAUGCGAAUUCACCAGCGGGACGUUCAGUCACACGGCGACGACAGUACUAAGAGUGGCACCUCUGCCCGAAGAGAUCUACAUGACAGCCAAACCGGUGACUGUGGACUGCUCGAAAAGACCAAGCAGUGAAAAUGUGACGGUGGAUCUCACGGCCACCGUCCGCGACGACAACGAGACCUAUCAAGUCUCCUGGAGCUACAGAGGCGGAGAUGAAAUGCAAUCCACUGCCGAUUCUUUGGGCUACCAUUUCAAAGUUGCAAUCAGCUGCCAAGAAGAGAGGGACGCCCAUUCCGUGAAUGUCACGUUUAAAAACGUCAUGGAUCAACCCAAAAGCGCAAGACUGGAAAUUCCGGUCAUUUAUGGGGGUGACACAUUUUGCGAAGAAGAGGGGGAUUUGUGGCCAAAGACCCCCGACGGAGAAACGGUGAUUAAGCGCACAUGUCCGGAAGGCAGAGUCGGCUACGAGUCGCGCACGUGUCAAGGAAAAGAUUGGCAGCCGGUGUUCUCCAACUGUGUCAGCCACCAUUUGGUCAACCUUACGAAAGCCGCCGAGGUAACGCACGCGUCGCACUUUGACAAGAAGUACUUGCAUCCAGAUGAUCCAAUACGCCGCCGCAAUCGUGGCAUUUUGCAUAGGUUCGUGGAAGGACAGGGGGCAACUGCGGAGGCGUCGAUUGCUAUUUUUGCCGGACUUCUGAACAGUUCCGAGUCAAAUUCAAACGGCAACAGCGCCGACCUGACGGCGUCGGUCCGCAUUCUUGAGUUGAUGGCCGAGGCAUCGGAGCGCGUUCCCCUGAAGAACGCAGUCUUGCACGACUUUACGCACGCAGCAAGUAAUCUGUUGGCCCCAACCUGGGAGGGAGUCAACGACUCCGUCGUUCACAAGCUGUCCUCGAGUUACCUCGGGGCGGUGGAACGCUUAGUGAAAAACAUCCAAAUCGACAGAGACGAAAACAAUUUGACCACUUGCAAUUUAGUCCUCAACUUCUGCCCCGCCCGCAACUGCAGCGUGACUUUGUUCGGCAGCGCGGUGGUCGUGACAAGAAACGGGUCCUCGGGAUUGGUAAAACUACUCGGCGUGAGGAACCUGACGGAUAAAUUACAAAACCACUUCGGCCACACGGAGCCGUCGCCGCUCUUAGUCGCCGCCACGCUGGAAGACGAGGACGAGCCGUCGCUAACCAUCACUUUGGACUUCUUCGGCGAGCGAGCCCAGCCCAGAAACACUUUCUGCGUGUACUGGGAGCCCGCGGGGAGAUGGUCCGAAGAAGGCUGCGCGGUGGCGAACGGCGCCGGGAAUCGCACCCGCUGCGUGUGCAACCACUUGUCCGCGUUCUCCGCCCUGUGGGGCUUCGGCGAGCGGGCGCCGCGAAACCUCGUGGUCCUCACCACGGUCGGUUUGAUGGUGUCCAUUUUCUCCCUGGUUCUCUUUCUCCUCAGUCAGUUCCUGGUGUGGUCGGCGGUGGUCAAAACGGACCUUUCGCAUUUCUAUCACACCGUCAUGGUGAACGUGGCCCUUUUUCUCUUGCUGGCCCACUGCGCCUUCUUGGUUUCCUCCUUCACGGAUCUUUCCCAGCGUCCCGCCUGGUGCAGAUUCGCGGCCGUUUGCAAGCAUUUCUUUUUCUUGGCGGCGUUCUGUUGGAUGCUCUGCAUGAGCGUGACGCUGGUCCACCAUUUGGUUUUUGUGUUCAAGCCGCUGAGCAAGCGGGUUUUCAUGUUCCUCUCCGGCACUUUGGGCUACGUCUGCCCCAUGCUCAUGGUGGGCUCCACCUACAUAUACUGUCAAAACAGCGACACGCCUUACCACGACGAAAGUUGUUGGCUGGUUCCCGGGAAAGCCUUCCAGAGCUCCUUGUCCUCUUUUCUCUUCCCGGUGGGAAGCAUUAUUGUGACAAAUCUGGGUUGCGUGGCGGUGGUCAUCGCCAGGCUGACCAAGACGCCGCCCCUCGAUGGCGUCGAGACAGACCGCCGGGAAACUGCCAAACGCAUCGUCAAAGCCGUGGUCUUUUUGACGCCCGUCUUGGGACUGACGUGGAUUGUCGGAUACUUUUUGUACAUCACGGACCGCAAAGAUCCCUUUUAUACUGUCGUGAACUACAGUUUUUGCAUCCUCAAUUCCUUUCAGGGACUUUCGAUUUUGCUGUCGGGCUGUUUGGCAGAGCAGAAGGUUCGAGAUGAACUACUGAAGCUCAUCAAGGGGGAUUCGACAAAACAAAAUGAGGAACAGAAAACAUCAACCAUAUGCAUGAAAGGCAAAUGAAUCUUGACACCGGCCACCUCCUGCUCUUUGCUUUUUUUUUUUUUAAAGAAUCUGGAAUAUUUUGA